AUGAUUGCAGCUGUUGAUAAUAAUAUAAGUCCAGCAAUUCCACCAAAUAUGCCUCCUAUGAUUGCUCCAAUAUUAACAUAUAAUGAAUCAUGUGAAGUAUUAGAUGUUGGUGAUGGCAUUACAGAUGUCGCAGAAAUUGAUUGGGGCCGUUUG